GAUGCGUCGGACGCGUGUAGCGCUCACAUUCAAAAAGUGUUUAUUGUAGGCGCAUAUCAUCACAUUGCUCCCUCGACGGAGACCGGGGGUAAACAAAUAAACAGUGACUCGUAAACAGGCAACUACAUGUCGAGAAGGAAGCAGUCCAAUCCGAAACCUCUCAAACGUAAAACCGAAGAUUCUUUGGAGGAAGUUGCCGAACUUCUGCAUUUACCGGUAGACCUCUUCUCUGUGAGGGACCCCGAGGACGAUGUCUACGAGUACACAGUGUUCACCAAACAGAGGGUGCGGGAGGGAGCUCAAUUCGGUCCUUAUGGAGGUCACGUGACCAAAGACCAAAAGGAAAGCUCCAAUGUCAUAGAGACUAAAGGUCCCGAUGGCGAGGACAUGCUCUUCUCUGUGACAGAUGAUUUUGGAGGUUGGUUGAAGCUCCUGAGACCUGCUACCUCAAGCGGCGCAUGCAACGCGGCGCUUUACCACAACGAAUCGUCAGUGUGGUGUAGAAUCAUUACAGACAUCGACCCAGACACAGAGAUACUCGUCAACCACCGAUGGACAAACAGCCCGACCCCUCUGUGCUUUACCGCCAAGGACAAGAGGGAGGAUUUCGAACCACGCACACAUUCCAAGCAUUUGCUGCACAAGAACAAACUCCACCGAAUCCCUGCAAGGAACGCAUUGGAAAAUGAUCAACAUACACAAGAAGAUGAUGCAUUCAGAGAAAAGGAGAGAAACAACAUGGAAUUUGAUGCAGAACAGGUGUCCGACCUACGAAAAAGAAGUCAUCAAUAUUCAGAUGAGAAUGCAAGAGGACAUAAUGGAAGCGUUUCAAGUGACUCUGUCGUCAAAUAUGAGCCAACGAGUCCUAUUUCCCCUAACUGUUCUGCGGCAUCGCCCACGUCUAUGGAAAUCAGCAAGAGUGAAGUGGCCCAAAAUGAACCAGACGGACCUCUGUGCAUGCCUUACCUCAACGGUUGUAACUAUCCACCUGCCUUUCCAUACAGUGGAUCGCUUACAGACACAGUCUCUGAAGGCCAGUUCAAGUGCGAUGUGUGUAAUAUAACAUUUAACAGUCGCCGAAUUCUUGAAGUCCAUCAGACAUAUUAUUGUCAAGGGAAAAUAUUUGGAACAACAAUCAGUUCUGAUACUGAUACAGAAGAUAAUUCCUCAAACAUUAAAUCAGAUUCCAGAACAAUCGAAAGUCCCACAACAUUUGAAGAUAGAGAGAAACAACUCCAGAAAGAGUUUCCAUGUGCCAAAAAUCUCCACCAAGAGACCGUCGGAAGCAAUGAGUCUCCUAUUCUUGCCAAACGAAGGCGAAUGACUUCAGCAAAUGAUGCUCCUGUAGCAUCAACAAGACUUACUCGUCUUUUCAAAUGUCCAUACUGCAGUUACUCAUCUGACAAGAAAGCUAGUCUGACUCGUCAUGUUCGUAUGCACGGAGCUUCACCAAGUGCAGAUGGACAUGCUGACAUGCCGUUGCCAACACCUCCAAUGGCUCGUUAUUGUACAAACUGCGAUAUACAAUUCGCUUCGUACAAAAAUUAUCAGGUACACAAAGAAUUUUAUUGCAGUACAAGGCAUGUUCACAAAACCAUAAAUCCAUCUACAUCUCCGAGCUCUGGUCAGCAACUUCAGCAACAGCUACAGACUCCACAGCAACAGCCAGUCAAUCUACCAAACCAGCCUAGAUCUCCAGAAAACUCAACUGCCACAACAGAAUCUGAUGCAAAGGGCUUUAAUAUGGUACUCAAUCAACCUUUAUAUGCAGCCAUUUCCACCAGCCCCUUAAUACUAGUACCAUGCUCUUACGUGGCAGGAGGUGGAUUGUCACCAGCCGCUGGACUGAUUCCCGCAGGAAAUAUUAUUAUCCCAAAUCCAUCUACUACCCCAGACAGUGCUUCUGAUUCUCAAGGUGGUAAUGUUAUCCCAACCUAUACCGUAAUGCCUGGAGCAACCGUUGCUGAACUUAGUUCUGCAUCUUCUCCACUGUCUGGAGAGGAUGCAGCUAAAGAGGAGGUCAAACCGGCAAAAAUUACGAAAGAAAAAGCUGUUAAACCAAAUCCGAGCAAAUCUCCAAAGCAUACAAGCAAAGAAGACCCUGAAAAACCAUUGGAUCUGAGUUUCAAAAAGAAAGAAGGCGAAUCUGAUAAAGCAAUAAUGCCAAAACCAUCACCAGAUAAUGGAUCUCGAAGUUCAAACUUUUCCUUACCCUCUUCAUCCGCCUCGUCUUCAAGUGAAGAAAGCUGCCCGGUACCAGUUGGUGGUCCGUCUAUGCCAAUUCUACCGCUCAUUAACCCAGCAGCAGAUUUAAGUCUCAUUGCCAGAUCAGGAUUGGAUUCAAAUGGACCAACUGUGGCGCCAGUAUUGCCUCCACCACAAGUACUUGUAAAGCAAGGAACAAGUAAAUGCAAAGAAUGUAAUAUAGUUUUCUACAAGUAUGAAAACUAUUUGGUGCAUAAAAAUAGAUACUGUGCAUCUAGAUUGCAACCAAAGCAGGAAGUCAAUUCACCUGAGAGGGGCAAAUCAGAUGAACCUGAGUCUCCUGAAAGAGAGGAAUCAGCACCUCGAAUUUCCCAGAAAAGUCCUAUUUCAUCACCUAGAGUUAACAACGCUAGAACGCCACCGGUUCCAGAUAUUGCCGAAGCGCGAGAAACUUCUCCUAGUCAACAGCCCAGUGCUGCCAUGCUUCAGUUUUACUGCAUGGCUUGUGGGAUCAAGUACACUUCCAUCGACAACCUCAGAGCGCAUCAGCAGUACUAUUGCCCUAAAAGGGAUAUGAAUGUCCCUCAUCCAGUUGCCCUGAUCCCUUCUUUCUCUCGAAAUACCCACGAAUUCAAGUGUGGCAAGUGCAAGAAUGCCUAUCCCACCGAAGAGUUGCUCAGACAGCACCCCUGUGUAGUGCAAAGGAAAUGCCCCUACUGUGAUGUUUAUUGUCCUACACUGAGUGCAGCCCAGAGACAUUUGGUAACUCAUACUGGCAUCAAAUCUUUUAGAUGCUCUUUGUGUGGAUAUAAAGGCCACACAUUGAGAGGAAUGAGAACUCAUAUUAGAAUCCACCUUGACAAAAACAGCUCCACACCUGAAGAGGCUUAUAUAUUAUGCAUGGAUGAAGGUGGUGCUGAAAUAGGAUGUGCCAGUCGAAAAUCACCUGGCUCACGAAUGAACCUAGACAGAAUCAAAUCGGUAAUAACCACGGAACCACCUCAAGGGGAAGCAUCUAUGGCUGUCAGUCCAGUUGCUGGUCUUCCACCUGCCAUACUUCCGGCGGAAGUAGUGGCCAUUAAGGCUGUACCAGAUGACACGGUUGCUACUGGGGACACGACUCACUGGUGCCAGAUAUGCGGGUAUUCGUCAUCAUAUAAAGGAAAUGUUGUAAGACAUGUAAAGCUGGUCCACAAAGAUUUAGUAUCCACACAAACAAUGUCCAAUAUCGUCAAUAGUCGACCGAGCGUUGAACCUCCUUCGAAACAAAAUGAUUCAAAUGAACCUAUAAGUCGUGUGACUCCUCAUGACUCAUUUCUCAGCGCCAGUAAUACCGAACAUAGUAACAGCUCGUCAAGUGUUGAUGUUAAACCUAUGGUUAAUGGUAUUUUGAACAAAGCUGAACAACAGUUAAGAGUAGAGGACAAGGCCUUAAUGUUGAAAACUGAAACGGUGUCACCACCACCUAAAUCACCGACUACAGACAGUGCCACGGCGUCGAAAGGCGUCAAGAGGCCACUUUCUGAAGAAGGGCAGUGUCCUUCGGGCAAUUUUAAUUCUAAAGCGGGGCCAAAAUAUUGUAAAUCUUGUGACAUAUCUUUCAAUUAUCUUUCAAAUUUUCUCGCACACAAGCGGUUUUAUUGUACGCCAAAAUCAGGCGAAGUUUCUGGACAGGAGACAAAUUCAGUGCAAUCAGUUCAAUAGAAGACACUAAAAUAUGUUUGCUUUCAAUUGUGAAGAUCGGAAGACUCAUGAAUCGAAUAUUUAUAUAUAGAAUUUCUGAAGGUGCAAUCAAGUUUUGGCAGAAAACCUUAGCUCUUUUAUUUUUCAGCAUUAUUUGAAACUUGUGUUCAUUUUUAUGUGAGCAUUUUUAUCACUGAAUAAAUGUAUAGAUCAAAUGUUUUGUUAUAAGCUGUAUGUGAUGUUUAAAUAGAAAUUUGAAUUUUAUUUAAAAUUUGUUUUUGAAGUAAAAUGCAACAUCUAGUAUCAUUAUUAAUUUAAUCCGAAGAUUGAUCAGAACUAUUGCAGCCAUUUGUCAAUUGUUAUGUAAAAGUUUUGCAUUUAUACUUUGCUGCUUAUGAGAAUAUAUAAUUACUUAAUCGUAUUAAUAACUGAAACUCUUUAUUACUCUUAUUGAUUACAUUUUACGCUGUAUUUUAAAUGGAUUGUUUUAGAUUAUUAUUAUGAUCAGCACGUAAUUCUGCUUCAAAUUCAAAAGAAAAUUUAGAUAAAAAAAAUCUGUUUUCCAGUAUCUUUAAAA